AUGAGCCCCCACCUGCUUAGCUCGGGGUUCUCUGAAACCGUGGCCCCUGUAGUCGCGGGACUUACCUGCCUUGUGACUUCGAGAAUCUUGAAGAUGGCUUCCCAGAGCCAGGGCAAUGGCGCCGUUGGUGAAAUUUUGCCUUCCAACCCUUCACCCACCUUGGAACAGAUGGCAGAGGACUUCAAAAGACUCAUCUCUGGAAUGAUGGUCCAGCUAGAAACCAUGUACAACCAGAUGGAUGCCGUCUUCCCGCAGUUGGAAACCUUCAGCAGGUCCCCAGACAUCCCAGAGAGAGUCAGCGUGAGUGUCCAUCUGGGCCUGGAGGGGGACAGGCACCGGUAGGCCCUGUCUCAUAAGACCCCUGUGGGCUCUCUUCCGACCACCCAGGCCUCAGCUGAGAAAGAAGCCAAGCAGCUCCCCCAGGACCCCAAAUUCAAAGCCACCCCAGGGCCUCAGCUCUCCACCCGACGUCGGUUCCUCUCAGAGACUGAGGAGCAGGACUCACAGCCCAUCUGGAUCAAGAAGCCCCAGUUCUGGCAAGACAGCCUGACCCAGGAACUCUGGAAACUUUUUAUGAACAGCUAUGAGAACCACCAGGGUCCCUCAAAGGAAAGGAAAGACUCAGGCCUCAGUGAGUCUGAACUGAAACCGGAGCCCAGACACAGGAACAGCCUGAGUGACUCUGAACUGCUUGGCAUUUUCCAAAAAGACAUCAGCCAGCUCCAAUAUGAGACCCAGGAAUCCUCUGGAAGGGCCGAUAGCUUUCUGAAGCCCCUGUCCUGGGACGCUGAGGACUCGCAGCACAGCUGGAAGAAGCAGGAUGCACUGCUGUUGCAGUCGGAUAUGGUCGCUGUCCCCCAAGCCCUGCAGAAGGUGCGUGUGCUGAAACACCGGGAGCUGGUGUUGGCGAUGACCGUGAGCUGCUUCACGCGGCAUGUCUUCACCUGCAGCCGGAGUGGCAUCAAAGUUUGGAACCUCAUGAGCCAGGUGGCCGAGGACAGAUUCCCCGAAAGCCACUUGAAAUGUGGCUUCCAGGCCCAAAAGGCAUACCUGCGCACCUGCCUGCUGUCCUCCGACAGCAGGACCCUGUUCGGGGGUGGACACAACCUGCCCGGCGUGAGCGUGUGGGACCUGGCAGCCCCAUCUCUGUACGAGAAGUGCCAGCUGCCCUGCACGGGUCUGUCCUGUCAGGCGCUGGCCAGCACAGAAAACAACAUGGCCUUUGGUGGCUUCACAGACGGCAGGAUCAGGAUAUGGGACCUACGGAGUCAGGGAGUGGUCAGGGACCUCGAAGGCCCUGUCAGUGCGAUCAAGAGCCUCAUGGUCAGAGAUGACAAGAUCUGGACAGGCGGUCUGGACACGUGUCUGCGAUGCUGGGACCUGCGGGAGGCCAAGGUGUUGCUGGAGUACAGGACUCAGUCGCAGAUCAUGAGCCUGUCACACAGUCCAACAGAAGACUGGCUGCUGCUGGGACUGGUCAGUGGCCAGCACUGCCUGUUUGACACCAAGAGGAGCCAGGCGCUGACUGUGGGCACCAAGGAAAAGACCAUCUUAGGCCUCAAGUUCUCCCAAAAUGGUCAGUGGUGGGUGAGCGUAGGAAUGGAUGGCCUCAUCACCAUCCACAGCAUGCCCACAGGAGCAAAACUGCUGCAGGCUCCUGAAGCUGCCAGUGUCUCAUGCUGCGACAUGACAGAGGAUGGCAGGCUGGUUUUCACGGGAUCCAAGGACUGUGCCUCGGUGUACCAGAUUAAGUACUGA